CUGGACAGCUGCUUAUCCACAUAAACCAGUUAAAUUUGUAAAAGAUUUCCUGCAAUUAUGGGAGGGAGACAGUCAACAGCACAUUGGAAACCUGAUGCUUCAUUUAAUUAUGAACCACCAUCAAUUCAGACUUCUUCAUCCUACCCCUCCUAUGCAUCCCACAUGGAACCAGAUAUAAGAAGUAGACAUCAGAGUAGGUACACGAAGAUUGCUGACAACUACAACUCCCUUGAGCAGGUGACAGAGGCUCUUGCUCAAGCUGGUCUGGAAUCUUCCAAUCUCAUUGUUGGCAUUGACUUCACAAAGAGCAACGAAUGGACAGGUGCGAGAGCUUUCAACCGUAGAAGCCUACAUCAUCUGGGAGAGUCUCCAAACCCCUAUGAACAGGCAAUAAACAUCAUAGGAAGGACACUUUCAGCUUUUGAUGAGGAUAACCUCAUACCCUGUUUUGGAUUUGGAGAUGCAUCAACGCAUGAUCAGGAGGUGUUUAGCUUUUAUCCAGAUGAGAGGCCAUGUAAUGGCUUUGAGGAAGCCCUUCUACGAUAUAGGGAAUUAGUUCCACAUCUUCGACUAGCUGGACCAACUUCCUUUGCUCCAAUAAUAGAAACUGCUGUUGGAAUCGUGGAGAAUAGUGGCGGUCAAUAUCAUGUUCUUAUGAUAAUUGCUGAUGGGCAGGUAACACGAAGUGCUGACACAGAAAAUGGCCAGUUAAGUCGACAAGAGCAGGAUACAAUUAAUGCAAUAGUGAACGCAAGUAAAUACCCAUUGUCAAUUGUCUUGGUUGGUGUCGGUGACGGCCCUUGGGACCUGAUGCGGCAGUUUGAUGACAAUAUUCCCUCUCGGGCAUUUGAUAAUUUUCAGUUUGUAAAUUUUACAGAACUCAUGUCAAAAAACAUUCCCAACUUUAAGAAGGAGGCUGAAUUUGCUCUGGCAGCUCUGAUGGAAAUACCGUCACAGUACAAAGCAACAUUGGAGCUCCAUCUCCUGGGCUGUCGGAAGGGAACCCAAGGGAGGAUUCCUCUCCCUCCCCCUAAUUAUGGUUCAGUAAAUUCCAGUUCGAAGUAUUCAAGAUCAAACAGCUUUGAGCAGGGUGCUGGAUAUCACCACGGGACCUCUGCUUCUCCACCUGAAUAUCCUCCACGCAACAACCAGACUUGUCCUGUGUGUUUCUGGGCUGCCAAAGAUCUUGCAUUUGGAUGUGGCCAUCAGACAUGCUAUGAAUGUGGCAAAGAAAUGCCUUUCUGCCCCAUUUGCAGCAUCCAUAUAACCACAAGGAUAAGGCUAUACUAAUUAGUGAUUUGGGUCCCAACACACGAUGUUCUCUUGCAUUCCUUUCUUUUAAUUGACAUUUUAGCUUUAUGUUUCUGUAAAUAGUAUCUUAGAAGAUGCUGGUUUUUUUAUCAUUCCAGAUACGUGGUUUGUGUGAUCUUAAUUCCAUAAUUGUUAUUUGUGAUCUUAAUUCUAUACUUGCCUGAAUCCAAUAUCUCAUUGUAUAUUUUGUAAA